GGCACUAGCUGGUUCCGCAGCUGACAGCGAGUGCGCGCUCUUUAUUGAAGUACCGAUACAUGUUCUCAGCUCCGGUGGGUCACAAUUUUCAGCCCGCCUUGCAGCAGCAUCUUGCCGAUUCAACUCCGAAGCGUUGAAUUGUCUUGAUGCAAAAUUUCCGACAUCGUAAACGCUCUUUAUAAUCACGGUUUGGUCGCAUCGCAAUCCCUGGUCAUGGCGCAAUCAUGGGAAACGAGGACAUCGUCAUUCUUGAACUGGUUCAGAGCCCUGCCCGGCGCGAAUUUUCAUCCUGACAUUAAGAUUCAUGAUUACCGCAGGUCGCAUGCCGGCAGAGGCAUCGUUGCCACGGCGGACAUCCCAGAAGACACUCUGCUCUUCACCAUUCCCCGGGAUGCCAUCCUCAACACCUUGACCUCGGAUCUGCCCAAGAGGAUACCGCAGAUCUUCGAGGACUCCACCGCCGGUCUCCAGGACGACGACAACGAGGCCGACGAGGAGGGCGAGAUCACGGGGCCGCCCGACUCGUGGGUGUCACUCAUCCUGGUCAUGAUCUACGAGUUCCUCCAGGGCGACCAGUCGCGGUGGAGGCCGUACUUCGACGUCCUGCCGGAGGAGUUCGACACCCCCAUGUUCUGGUCGAACCAGGAGCUCGCGGAGCUGCAGGCGAGCGCCAUCUCCUCCAAGGUCGGCAAGGACGAGGCCGACAACAUGUUCCGCGCCAAGGUCCUGCCCACGGUCCAGGAGCAUGCGGACGUGUUCUACCCCCCGGGCGCCCAGAGGUUGGGCGAGGACCGGCUGAUGGCGCUAGCUCAUCGGAUGGGAAGUACUAUUAUGGCUUACGCGUUUGACCUUGAGAACGAAGAAGAGGACCCAGAGGACGGAGAGGACGAAUGGAUGGAGGAUAAGGAAGGCAAGCUGAUGAUGGGAAUGGUCCCGAUGGCCGACAUUUUGAACGCAGAUGCAGCAUUCAAUGCGCACGUCAAUCACGAGGAUCACAGUCUGACGGUCACGUCAAUAAAGCCUAUACAGGCCGGGCAGGAGAUCCUGAACUACUAUGGACCGCUCUCAAACGGAGAUCUUCUUAGGCGAUACGGCUACGUUACAGAGACCCAUUCGCGGUACGACGUAGUUGAGCUACCAUGGGACCUCGUCUCAUCGGUGCUGAAGGACGUGCUUAAGGAGCAGAUCAAGCUAGAUGAUACCACAUGGGGAAAAGCGAUUAACGACUUGGAAGACGAAGAGAUUGAGGACGUCUUCGUGCUCGACAGGGACCUGGACGGUCCUGACGAGAAAGGAAACGUUCCCGAGGACAGGGAGUUGAAAGCGCUGCCCGAGGAUCUCGUUGAGCAAGUCAUGGCAUUUUUGAGAGCUGUCCGAAAGGCUGCCAACCCAAAUUCGAUCCCGGACAAGCAGAAGGCCAAGGAGCUCAUGCUACUUACCAUCAACCGUGCGUUGCAGAUCCGACUUUCGCAGUACCAGACACGAGCAGCGCAGGAUCUCGAGGUGAUUGCGAGGGAAUCAGGAAAGCUCAACGCGGCGGCUGAUAUAGCCACGAGCCGGGCUGCCAACAGAACGAGGAUGGCAGCAAUUGUGCGAUGGGGUGAGAAGGACCUGCUCCAGCAGGCUAUAGAACUCAGCGCGAGGAAGCUGAGCGAGCUGGACAGUCUCGCCAACGCGGCCGAGCCAUCAGCAAAGCGACAGAGGCGAUAGGUGUCGAACUCAGACAUGGAUCAAUGUUUUAAAAAAUAGGCGUUUGGCGUAUGUGGUCUUCUGAGUGUUAGAUGCGCUUAGAGUUCGUGGCCGCAGGGCUGGGGAAAAUAGAUAGAUGCAGGAACACAGGCAUGCAGCAUUAUCGCAGAUAUCAUC